UAAGCCCGACCAUAAACAUUCCGAAAAGGUGUGGUUUUACAACAUGUGCUUAUGGGGCGAGGAUAGUGACAACAUGACGUCAGCUGGUUGGAGGUGUAAAACACUCAAUUCGAUUAGAACAAUGCUUAAGCACAACGUCAUUGAUGUGCUAAAAAUAGAUAUUGAAGGAGGUGAACGACGAGCUUUUCCGGAAAUGCUCACAAGUGGAACACUUCGCUUUGUCAAACAGAUUGUAUUUGAAUUCCAUGUACCAGGUGAUCCAAUUCAACAUAGGGAUGGAAUAGCAGAGGAGUGGUUUCGACUGUAUAACAUGCUAUUUGAAGACCAGGGAUUCAAGUUGUUUUUCUCAUGGCAAAAUCCACGGAAAAGGCUCACAGAUUGGGGAACAGUUGCUGGGAACCACUCACAUAAUCUGGAAAUAAGCUGGAUUAAUACUCAUUACAUAUGAAUAUUAU